UAGAAGACAGCAGAACACAGAAUACACAUUUUAAGUAGAAAGUCCUACUUCAAUAAGUGCUACAAAUAAGUCAUGGAUUCCAAAUGCAUGAAUUUAGCAGCGCUGGGAAGACCUCUGUAUCCAGGGAUGCUGUGUGACUGCCGCACAGAUUCCUUUAUUCCAGUCAUGGAUUCCAUAUGCAUGAAAUUGGCAGCGCUGGGAAGACCUCUGUAUCCAGGCAUGCUGUAUGACUGCCGCACAGACUCCUUUAUUCCAGGUGUUACUUUAUGGGACAAGAAAGCAUUACAUGAUGAUCUUGACGUGCGUGACAAUACUAAAACAUUUGUCAAGUUUGCUGCCUCUGACACUCUCAGUGAAAAGGCUAACCUUCUAGAUGCUAGUGCUUCCCUUAAAGCCAGUUUCUUAGGUGGCUUGGUGGAGGUUGAAGGAUCAGCCAAGUUUCUGCAUGAUACCAAAUCCUCAGCACGUCAGUGCAGAGUUACUAUGCAGUACAGCCAGACAACAAAAUUUGAACAACUCACUAUUAAGGAGUUUGGCAAUAUCACCUAUCCACAAGUACUUGACCAGAAAACAGCCACUCAUGUAGUUACAGCUGUACUAUAUGGAGCUCAGGCUUUUAUGGUGUUUGAUUAUACAAGUAAAGAAAAUCAGUGCAAACAGGCUGUUGAAGGAAACCUUCAUGCAGUGGUCAAGAAGAUCCCUACCCUUUCCCUAAAGGGGGAAACAUCACUGGAGAUGACAGAAGAGGAAAAGGUUCUGGCUGAGAACAUGAGUGUCAUGUAUUAUGGUGACUUUAAACUCAACAAAAAUCCCACCACAUACAUGGAAGCCCUGGAAGUGUACAAAACAUUGCCAAAUCUAAUGGAGAAAGGAAAGAAUGAUGGUGUACCACUGACUGUGUGGCUGUAUCCUCUUACACUUUUAGAUGAUAAGGCUGCCAAAUUGGUAAAAGAAAUCAGUUUUAGCCUGGUAGAAAAAACUGAAAAACUGCUGGACGAGCUAGAAGAAGUAGACAGACAGUGCAAUGAUUUAAACCAAAAUCAAACAAUAGACAAAUUUCCUGAUGUUAAAGUCAGAGUGGAAAAGUUCCAGCACUUGCACAGUAAUUAUAAGAUAGCAUUCCAGAAUGCACUGGCCAAAGUUUUGCCAUCUAUUCGGAGUGGGGAAAAAGAGGACAAGGCACUUGGGGACAUCCUGAACUUCCAUCUCAGAUCACCCUUUACUGCAAACAACAUGAACAGAUGGUUAGAUGACAUCACAACUGAAUUAAAUAUACUGAGUUUCUAUACCAGUGGACUGAAGGACCUGACAGUUGUGAAAUCACCAGGGUCACUUAAUUCCAUCCUCUUUCAUCCUGAUGUUGAUGUGGUGGUAUGCUUGUCUUUUACAUCUCUCAAGUAUGAAGACUCCUAUCUAGUGGCUAUUGAAGACUUUCUUAAUUCUGAAGAGUUUACAAGCUUUGAGAAAACAAGUGUGAAAGAUCUCUUUUUUCAAGCACAGCCUUGGUUCACUUCUCCUGACAUCGCUGAAAAAAUGAGACAGGAUCUGUCUCUCUUUACAAGUUUUUUAAAGGCCAAUACAAAAGAUAAAAGAAUGAAGUUCAUCAUUGGUUCCAUCUCUGACCCCAGCAAUCCAGGAACCUCUAUCCGACUUUAUCAGAAAGGCAGUCUGACGGACCCUAAGUUUCAGCCUGUAUCCAAACCCCCCCCACCCGUGGUGGAGACCAGUAAUGAGAAAGUCCUCCUAAAGCUUUCAAAAACCCCAACUGGAAAGAUGGUACAGUUCAGAGUUGAGUACAAGAUGACACAAUCAAUUGAUUCGGCAGCUGAUGCCAAUGAAUGGUCAGUCACAGACACUUCAGAUGCCCAGACCAGCUUUACACUGACUCAAAUAAAGGAAGCAGGACGCUACUGUGUCCAAUACAGAGCUGUUAGUGAUGUGGGAGUGAGUGAAGCCAGCGACUCUGUCGCCUUCACUUUUCAGGAAACGCCUGAAAAACUAAGUCCUGGCAUCAUACGCUCCAAGAUUUUUUCCUUGCAUUCUGAUGACCCACAACCAGUUCCCAGCACUAGAAAAUCAUAUUUGGGAUCAAUUCCUGGAGGCUUGAGACCUGGUAUGGCUUUGUUUUUCCAAGGGAUUGUCACUUCAAAUUGUGACAGCUUUGCUAUAGAUUUUCAGAUUGAUCUGAAGAACAUUGCUUUCCACUUCAACCCUCGCAUGCAACCCAAGUCUGUGGUCCUUAACAGCCACAGGGAAGGAAAAUGGCAUAAUGAAGAGAAACAUGAAUGCCCAUUUGUCAAAGGCGGAGCUUUUGAUAUCAUCGUGGGUAUUAAACAAGAAUGCUAUGAGGUGAUAGUAAAUGGCCUGGAAUUCUGCACAUUCAAGCACCGUAUGCCAGUGGACAAAGUGACUUCAGUUGGAGUGAGGGAAGAUGUCUGCAUGAACAUUGUUCACAUUAUUAAAGUUGAAGAUGGUAAGCUGAAAGUCACCGAUCCUGACAGAAUUUGA